AUGUCUCAGGGCGCGCCGGCGGCGGCGAGCACUUUGCGAAGGAGCUCCUCUUCGGAGGGGACGCAGCAGGUAAGGCAGGGAGAGGGACCGAGGCCAGGAAAGGGGACCCGGGGGAGGAAAAGGGUUGCGCCGAGUCGCCCUUGCGCGCUCCUUCCCAGCAGUGGCGGACCUACAUGGGGGGGGGGGGCUUGAAGCUUGAGCUGCAAUGGGGGCCCCUUCACAACCAGCAACGGGGUCUAACCACGGUUCUCUUCUUCCAUGGGGUUGCUCCACCGCAGAUCACCACAAUUUGCGUUUUGGGUAUCCACUUUCGUGAAUUCAUAGAAUCAUUAGAAUCUUAAGAGUUGGGAAAGACCUCGAGGGUCAUCUAGUGCAGGAAUCUCAGCUGAAAGCACCCAUGACAGGAUGGUCAUCUAACCUCUGCUUCAAAACCUCCAAGCAGCGGCGUAGCGUGGGUUGUCAGCACCCGGGGCAAGGCAAGUAAUUUGCGCCCCCUAACCCGGGGCAAGGCAAGUAAUUUGUGCCCCCUAACCUGCCGCCGCUGCCAGCUUCUUGCUGCUGCCUGGGCUGGUCUGGUGUGGUUCUCUCCUGCGCUCAGCGCUGUGCUGGGCGGCCGCUGCACUGUCCCUCCCCCAGAUAGUCCCUCGCUCUCUCUCCGCACCGCACGCCUGGCACCCACCCCCUCCACAGUGGGCGGCGACCCAGCGGCUCGGAUCAGAUUCGCACAGCCAGCACUGCAGUGAGAGAGAGUGAGUGAGCCAGGUAGGGGCAGAGAGCUGCGAGUGCGAGCGCGCGCCCCCAGAUGUUGCACCCGGUGCGGCCGACCCCCCCUGCACCCCCACGCUACGCCACUGCCUCCAAGGAAAGAGAGUCCAUCACCUCUGUGGGAGUCUCUUCCACUGCCAAACAGCUCUGACUGUCAGAAAGUUUUUUCGAAUGUUUAGUCGGAAUGGCCUUUCUGGUAACUUUAAGCCAUUGCCUCGAGUCCCACCCUCCAGAGAAAGCGAGCAUGUUCCCUCUUCCAUGUGACAACCAUUAAGAUAUUUGGAGGUGGCUAUCAUAUCUCCUCUCAGUCUCUUCUUUUCCAGGCUAAACAUACCCAGCUCCUCAUAAGACUUAGUUUCCAGACCCUUAGCUUAGUUUCCUCUCUAGGGUCUGUUUUUUCAAAAAAGGGAAGGGGUUAUAUUAGCCACAGCAGAACAGCCAGCUUACUGUGCUACUUACUCUCAAACUUCGUUGAAAUGUAUGCAGCAAAAAAAUUUGAUUUGUGCUACUUGGGGCUCCUCUGGAAUUCAAGACCCUGAAGCUUGAGCUUCAUUUAGUUUCAUAGUAAAUCUGCCCCAUGCUUCUGAGGGAUCAGAAAUAAAACCACCGAGCAGGGCUGCAGAGGUUUGGUGCUGCUGUGCAGUCUCAAAAACCAAAAUCAGAUCAAAUAAAAAAUAUAUGGGGGUGGAGGAGCAGGGCAGCCAAAAUGACAGAGGUGUGUGUGGAACGGUUUACUUACCAGGAAAGGCUAUGGGGUUUUGUCUUUUCCUUGUUUUUAUUACAUAUUUUGUGUUUUUAAUCUUGUAUUUUUGGGCUGUGAACUGCCCUGAGAUCUUCAGGCAAAGGGCAGUUUACGAAUUUAAUAAAUAAACGAAAUCUCAUGGGGUAUGUUUUAGAAGAAAUCUGUGAAGCAGGUAAGGUUUGAGGAACAGGUGUGCACAGAAAUAAUUCCGGGUGAAAGUUUCCUGAAUGGCAGAUGACGCUCACGGCCAUUCCAACUCUGCAAUUCUAUGAUUCUAAGGUCUAUGACUUAUAAGUUACAGGUUGCCAACUUGGAUAUUCUCAAUCUUUAUGCGACUGGGACCCCCCCACCCCACCCCACUUGGCACCACUGAAAGGAACCCUGGUGGACUGUGCCUGUCAGGGAUCUCCUAUGGGACUAUACAUUUCAGAACAAACUUAGAACAAGCUGCUCUGUUUGUCCAUUUGACACUAACAGAGCAAAGGCACGCAGCUUGAAUUUCCCCAUUGAACAACAGUCCUAUCUUUCUGUGGCUACAAUCCAUGAUUGCCCUGCUCUGCCUCCACAGCUUGGAGGCAGCAGAGCUUCUCAGUGCCAGUUGAUGGAAACCACCAGAGGGGAGAGAGAGGGCUCUUCGCGCAGGCAUCUGGUUGGCCACUGUGAGAAGAGGAUGCUAAGCUUAGAUGGGCCUGAAUUUAAAUUGCGUAACAAUAACUAACAGAUCAGUGACUGAGAGAGUGAGAAGAAAGAAACUGACUGUUAGGUGGAAGGAGGGAAUGAAUCAGAGUGGAUGGAAAGAGAAAGGAACAGGGAAAGGCAGAAAGGACAAUCUCUUUAUAUAGAUAGGCCACAUCCUUGUUCACCCUGAAAUGCUAAUUUUUAAAAGUCUCCAGGGAAGGCGGCGAGAAUUACCCAUAGACAUCAAUGGGGAAAUUAAUCAAUCUGAUACAACUAGGAUCGGGCACAAGCUUGUCCAUUUCGCCCUUCCCAAAGCAGGGAGUAGAAAACCACAUUGGAGUGGAGCAUCCUCAGUUAGGGUUGGCAUACGGCCACAAGCAGUGUCUGUGCGGAAAUCGUCAAAAAUGUCCGGGAAAAUCUGGACGUAUGGCAGCCCAUGUCAGGAGUGUCGUUUUUGCCGAUUGCCCUCAGAAAUACGGUAGCUCGAAAACAUCCAAUUUCCCUGCAAUUUUGCAAUUAGAAAACCAAAAGAACUUUUCUGUCUAGAUUUUCGCUUUUUGAAAUAUGGCAACCCUAUUCUCGGUGGGCAUGGAUUUCUGUCUAUUAGGAGUGGAUCUUGGGGUAGGGGGAUGGCAUGGGGAGUGACUGGAACCCAGAACAAAAUUGCACUUCAUACUGCAAAAUUUUGUUGCAGGACCCGCUGUAUAAUUCUCUAAAUCAAAACCCACCAGUGGUCAUAAGCGACUCGUUGGUCAUGUCUUGCCGGAAGGCAGUAGGUACCGUCAGCUGCACUGUCUUGUGUGUUUUUUAAAAAUUGCUUUUCAAAGAGAAGGAGAAGGAGUGGGGGUGAGGGGCAAUGGGGGGAAAAGGAGUGAGUUAGAUUGGAAAUUCGAUGCCUUCUCAGUGGGGGAACUCCCGCGCACAUGCAAAGUGCUUACCAUCACAGAAGACAGUGGGAAGCCUCAGCGAGCAGAUCAUACCCCUAAGGGAAAAGCAGAGAGAAGACCCAGGUCCGCUUCAGUGAUUUUGCUGGGACCCAAGCACACCAAAGCCUUCAGGACCCAUUAAGCUAGGGCUUGCCGAUCAGAAGGUCGGCGGUUCGAAUCCCCAUGACGGGGUGAGCUCCCAUUGCUCGGUCCCUGCUCCUGCCAACCUAGCAGUUCGAAAGCACGUCGUGCAAGUAGUGCAAGUAGAUAAAUAGGUACCGCUCUGGCAGGAAGGUGAACAGCGUUACCGUGCGCUGCUCUGCUUCGCCAGAAGUGGCUUUGUCAUGCUGGCCACAUGACCCAGAAGCUGUGUGCCAGCUCCCUCGGCCAGUAAAGCGAGAUGAGCACCACAACCCGAGAGUUGUCCGCGACUGGACCUAACAGUCAGGGGUCCCUUUACCUUUUUUAAGCACACCAAAGCCUUCCAGGGCCCAUUACGCAGAGCGAAGGGGCCAUGCCAUGCAUCUGAAUACCAGCUGCUGGAAACCACCAGAGGGGAAAGUGCUGUUGUGCUCGGGUUGCACUUGUGGGUUUCCAACAGUUCUCUGGUUGGCCACUGUGAGAACAGGAUGCUGGACUCAAUGGGCCACUGGCUCCUCUUAUGUUAAACUGCAGAUGCUACAGCAGCAGCCAAUCUACCCUCCAUUCCCAUUUUUGCAAACAGCAGGUGUUUCUUUACCAGUGCACCUUUUAAAAAAAAUUAAAAAAUAGCACACACACCAGGAAGUGUGCAAGAACAAAGGUUAGUGGUGUAUUUCACAAUGGUCAAAAUGAAGAGUUGUGAAUUGGGAAAGGGAUUUGAAUUAAGAAAUAAACAAGGUUCUAGUCCAUCUAGCCCCCAAUGCUCCAGUGAUUCUUCCUUCUUUUCGUGUUCUUAGGUUAGUCCCUCACCUUUUUGUGUCCACAUUCCCAUCUCCCUUCACUCCCAAUUAAUAUUUACAUGUUGUAGUUGAGUGUGUGUGUGUGUGUGUGUGUGUGUAGGUUUUGCACAAGACUCCUCUUACACAAGCCUCUGUAUUAAAAUUUAAGAAAUAUUAAGGUUUAGUUAUGUUCAGCAAACAUACCCCCAGCAUGCAGUAGUUGGAAGUAGGCAUGUUUGGAAAUGUGUCAGCAACUGAAGCGCAGUUUUAAUUUUAUUCUUAAUACUGCUGUUUUGCAGAAGAGCAGUUUAAAAAUAAUAAUAAUAUGAUUUCUCUACCUUCAGUCACAGUUGGUGGAAACAGGCAUGAUACAUCCUUUCCUUUUGGCUGAUGGAAACAGAAUGGCUAGGCUGUGCUCAGGCAAGGAGCAAAUGACAGUAGAGGGUGCAACAAUAGAUGGCAUGUUGUUGUCGUUUAGUCGUGUCCGACUCUUCGUGACCCCAUGGACCAGAGCACGCCAGGCACUCCUGUCUUCCACUGCCUCCCGCAGUUUGGUCAAACUCAUGCUGGUAGCUUCGAGAACACUGUCCAGCCAUCUCAUCCUCUGUCGUCCCCUUCUCCUUGUGCCCUCAAUCUAUCUCAACAUCAGGGUCUUUUCCAGGGAGUCUUCUCUUCUCAUGAGGUAGCCAAAGUAUUGGAGCCUCAGCUUCACGAUCUGUCUUUCCAGGGAGCACUCAGGGCUGAUUUCCCUAAGAAUGGAUAGGUUUGAUCUUCUUGCAGUCCAUGGGACUCUCAAGAGUCUCCUCCAGCAACACACUGCAAAACUUCACUACACACAAACCCACACACCUACACAAUGUGCUUCAUUGCAUCCACAGUCAGUGCAUGUGAUUUUAUACUGGAUACUUCUACAAACUGGAUUAGCCAUGGAUUGGAAAAAUCUUAAUUAACUGGGGGGGGGACCAAAUUAACUGGCUGCCGGUUGGAUGAAUGAUGUGGACGCUGCAGGGUGGGGGUGGGGAAUGGAGGCACAAGGAGCUUCAAAUCCACAUUAAACUCCUUUGUAGGUGAACCCUAACUAAGUCAUCUGAUUUCGUUGGCCAGGGUCAUGAAGAUGAUGAAAGGAAAGUACGACGGAGAGAGAAGAACAGAGUUGCGGCCCAGAGAAGCAGAAAGAAACAAACACAGAAAGCAGAUAAACUCCACGAGGUGAACAUUGCUGUGGAUCCCUGAGGGAGGGAAGAGCAGUAAUAUUACUCCCGAGUGCAAAUGAAGGCCCUCUUCAUACUUGUUUAAGGGCUGAACAAAAUGGCAGCAUUUGUCAGGGCUGGGGAACCUGGCUUGUUGUUGAGCAGCUGUAAAGUAGCAAAGGGAAGUGUGUGUUUUGUAGCGGAAAAGCAGCUGGUGGGAGGGGGUACUUAACCCUUUCUCUGCCUACUGGUACUACUGUCCUCCCACCCCACGCUGCUGCUUUUUCCUUGGAUGCAGCAAACAUGAGUCUGGAAGAGAAGCAGCUGGGGGAGGUGUUGUAUGGAGAAGGAACAGGCAGGGGAAUCACUUGCCUUGCAGUAUCUGAAGAGCUGUCAAACUGAAGAGAGAGCCGAUGUGUUCUCUGUUACUUGCAAGGGUGGCACUAGAACUGAUGGGUGGAAAUUGCAGGGAAGCGGAUUUUGGCUUCAACAUUUAGGUGAGACAUCCAAAUGGUUACGGGUUGUUUGACAGUGGAACAGCUGGCCUUGGGAGGGGUUGGGUUCUCCUUUGCUGGUGGUAGUGUAGCAGAGGUUGUAGACAACCAUCUGUCAGGGAGGCAGCAAUUGCAUCCUGCACUAUAGAUCCUGCUUUGAGCAACAGAUUGGAUGACCUACAAGGUUCCUUCCAGUUCUAUGAUUCUAUGAUGUUCACAUGCAAACGCCUGUAGAAUUAAUGGUCUCCUUCUACCAUUUUGCAUCUGUUCAUUCACUACCCUGUUAGCAGUUUGGUGAUGUGGCAAACACUGCCUUGCGUGACUGGAGUGGAUGACGUUUUUAAAUUAUUAUAAAUGAUCAUACAUAAAUACAUCAUUUUAUUUGUAUGCCAUAUUUCUAGUGUUCAAACCAUUACAUAAUUGCAAAUAUAAUCUGAAUGGUCAUAAACAAUACUGUAAAUGAAACACAUUAAAAAGUACAGAACUAAACUGAACAACUUCCACAUUAAAUCACAACAAGAUUGAAGAGUAAAGAUACAAAAAUUAAUAUCAGUAGCAGCAACAACCUCUCACUCUUCUCCCCACAACAAAACAAUACCCUAGCCCGAGAGUCUGUUCAGCAGCCUCAGCUUUUGUAGCUGGAGUCAGUCAGGGCCCCAGCAUCCCAGGCCAGGUGGGAAAAGGCCUGCAAGGCAGGGAGCAGGUCUUCCACGACUCACAGCCAAGAUGGUCUCUGGUCUCUUCAGCAGCUUCAGCUUCUGCAGCUGGAGUCAGUCAGUCAAUCCUGUGACCAGGCAGUCCAUGAUGUGAUGUGCAAUGUCUGUCAUAUGUUAUCCCAGAGUGGCCAACCAGGUGCCUAUGGGAAACCCAGAUGCAGGGCAUGAGUGCAGAAACCCUCUUCCGUUUUGUUCCCCAGCAGCUGGCAUUCAGAGGCAAACUGCUUCUCAUCUUGGAGGUAGCAUUUAGCCGUUGCCAGUUUUCCUGAAGGAGCUCAGUUUUGGUGUGUCAGAAAACCUCAGGCCCACCUAUUUCUGCAUUCUGUUUCUGACAGGGAGGCUAGCAGGAUGCUGAGAAGGCAAGGUGCAGUGGAGCUGAACACCCCCAGUUGUUUAAACAGGGCACUGGUGAUCAGUGGUAGACUGCCUCUGAUCACAGCUGUUCCAUGCUUCACCCUUGAGGCUCCUAGGUAGUUCUUUCCUCUGCAAACACAUUUUCAAGGAUGCUUAAACUCGUGGUUCUCAAUGCAGCCUGGGGCAGUGAAUUCUGCAUAAUAAUUACAAACCACAUGAAGUACAGCUUUGACUGGCCUGCGUCUUACACACCCUGCCAGGUUCAGAAGAUCCUGGAGCGUGUCAUGUUUUGAGUCAGAAUCGGUGGGUUUUUCACUAUUCACUCUCCCUGCAAUGUUCAUGAUAUUAGAAGUCUGUGCCACAGCCCUUCUUGCUGUCACAUAUCUUUCAGGGCUAUAAAGCCCUGAUUGCCAAAGGUUUUCCCUUUGCUCUUUUCUAUGUGUCUUCUAUGUAACAAGUAGAGCAGAAGAAGACAGGGCUCCUACACUUUAACUGGUGUACAGAAAAGGAGCUUUCAACAGGUGUAGCUUGUGCAGAAAAUAUUUUUUAUCAGAGUCAUGGCAGUUCUCCAACAUAAAAACUUUUUUGCAGGCCACUUACUGGCGUGGGAGUGGCCCCUCAGGAGACCAUUUAGUAAAUCUUUUGUUAUUCUACAAAUCAAAACACAGAUUUCAGAUUUUAAUAACAUUUCCUCUUCAGUGUUGGCAUUGUUGUCAAAAUAAUUGCUUUGGUAUGAAAAUGUCCUUUUAUCUAGUAACAUAUAAAGGGGAAUAACAACAACAACAACAACAACAACAACGAUGAUGAUGCCACCCUUCAUUGUAAGAUCUCAGAGCAGUUCACAGAAUAAAAUACAGGAGAAAAACAUGUGAAUAAUUAAACAAACCAGCAAAACAAUAACCGGCCCCCUUCUCACAGACAACAUUUAAAAGGCUGUAGGAUAUAAAUCAGCCAAGGGCCUGGUUGAAGAGGAAUGUUUUUGCCUGGUGCCUAAAAAUACAUAAUGAAGGUACCAGGCGAACCUCCCGGGGGAGAGCAUUCCACAGAUGGGGAGCCACUGCAGAAAAGGCCCCUUCUUGUGUUGCCACUAGGCCUGGGUGAUACAUCAAUAUAUCGCCCAGGACCAGUAUGAGGAGCAGACUGCAGUGUCUGCUUCACUCAGUGAUAUAUCGCUGGUGAAACCGCCACCGCUCCUGAGUCCCUCUGCUAACGACUUCCUCCAGUGAGCGUUACUAGCAGAGGGACUCAGGAGCGGUGGCAGUUUCACCAGCGAUACAUCACUGAGUGAAACUGCCAUCCCACGCUGCCCUCAUACUGCGCAGAGGAAGAUAACAGCUGCAUUGGUGAGGCGCUGAUACAGCUUGCGCCUCUCUCUGCAUCUUUAAACUGCUUGGCUGAAGAGUGUGUGGUUGCUGCUCCCCUCAGCUGAGCAGUUAAAGGAUCCCCCAGCCCAGCGCUGGCUCCUCGGCAAGUGGGGGGGGAGGACCAGGGAUGGCUCUUCUGGGAUUGGGGAGCCCUCCCGCGCCCCAGCUGAGCCAGACAAACAAGCUGCGUUGUCCCAGCCUGCUAGGCACUGGGGUGAAACCGCCUCAGCUUCCGCAGUGAGAGCUGUGACAAAUUAUCCCGGCGCCUCGCAGGCUGAGGCCAAUGCAGCUUGUUUUUUCAACAUCACAGUAUAUCGCCAGACCACGAUGUUUGACUGGUGAUAUACCGCGAUGUUGAAAAGCUGAUAUUGCCCAACCCUAGAUGCUACCCUUUGGACUUCACGUGGAGGAGGCACAUGGAAAAGGGCCUCAGAUGAUGAAUGCAGAGUCUGGGAUGGUUUAUAUGGGAAGAGGUGUCCUUGAGGUACUGCGGUCCUCAGCAGUUUAAGGCUGCAUCAGUACUGUAUUGUGAAAAUCACAGAGAGUAGUCAAUAAUCUGUCCCUGAUCAAAGCAGUCCCAAUCUCCUUUAAGUCAAUCAAUCAAAUGUCAGGCCAAGAACGUAUAUUCUUCAUUGUUCUACAAACUUCCUGCAGACUACCUGAAUUGUCUGUCGUUUGAGAGCCCCUGGCUGGGACCAUGUUGCAACUUUAAAGUUGUAGUUUCUUUAGUCUCACAUUCCCCUGGAGUAUAUUUCUGCAUUCCUUUUAACUCUCCUUUCCCUUUCACUCCUUUAACUGAUUACUGUAAAGCUGAUUUUCUUUAGAAGUGAGGCUCAAAACUGGAAUAAGAAGGGUGUUGGCCAAGACUGUGUUCAGUGAGGUCAUAACAACUACUGUGAGUUUUAUCAUUUAGUGCUUCAACGCUUUCUUAUGAGCAAUCCUGAAUGCAUUUUAGGAAAUUAGGGGGGAGAACCAGAGAGAUUAAUGUGACAUUUCAGUAGAAGAGAGCAAAUUAUUCAUCCCCUCCAUGUGUGGUACAUGGCACGCUUCAAGCAGGUAAUGAACUUAGUGACCAUAGCAGCUGUUCCGGGCAACUGCUUCUAUCUACUUUUCUUUUUUAAGGUGUAUUGCUAUAAAUUCUCCUAGCCACAUUCAAAUCAGGGGGGGAACCAGCAACCUGCUGUACAUUUGCAUUGGUGCCUAAGCCACCUCUCUUUUCCCCACCUGCACUUAAAAAAUAAUAAUUUUAAAAGCAGCUUUGCGUCUAUGUUUCAUUUGACAAUCACACCGAUGAAGAAAGCAGAUAAUGUCUGAUAAAGGAGCGGAGAGGAUGGGAGACUACAGGCCCCGCAGGAAGUGCAGAUUAUUAAGAUUGUUUCAUUUUAAAAAUGGAAGCUGUGAAGAUCCAGGAAAGGGUUUGCAAAUGAUGUGGGUUUUGUGGAAGCAUUUGAAAGAGGGGAGUGAUGUGUGCAGAGCUCACCAGGGGGUUUAAUAAACUUUCCUGCCUCCUGGUUUUCACCUGUUCUUUUUUUAAAACAACAACACAAAAACUGACAGACCACAAGAGAUGGAUAUUGGGUUGUGUUUGGUUUGAUUGCAAGCCCCUCCACAGUUACGAGUGUUUCUUAUUUCCAGUUGGUUCAUCUCCUCAUAACAGACAUGUUUGUGUGCGUCCGUUUCUGAUGGCAGCAGAUCUAAGUAACUGCUAGGUUUUCAGAACAUGGGAGGACAGCAGUUGUUGCCUUUCCCCCGCCAGCAGCUGAAAGGGAAGGGUCAUAGCUCAGCGAGAGAACAUCUGCUUUUGCAUACAGAAGGUCCCAGCUAUCACUAGGUACUGUAGGGCAUGUUCUGAACACCUGGAGUGCUGCUGUCCGCCAGUGUAGGGAACACUGAACUAGAUGAGCCAGUGGUCUGAUUUGGGGUGUGUUCCCAUUACUUAGUGCGCAACAAAGUUGUAUUUUGCGUUGUGCGUCUGUGUUUGUUUCACAGCUCUUCCCCUGGCUGUUCACAUCAGCACAGCUUCAUCAGUGUCAGAUUCGUUUCUGUUUGUGAAUGCACCGGGGUCAUUGACUAGAGGCAAAGUAGAAACAGCUUAAGGAAUCCAAUUGAUGUGCGGCUAAUUUGAGAAAUAGUGCAUCAAACUGUAUUAUUUUAUAAGAGGGGACAGGAACUCAACACUAAUGUCUCAUAACAAAUGCAACUGAUCUGUAGAAACGACUGUACAACUUGAAAAAAGAGGCAAGGUGUGUACUUUUGUAAACCAUGAAAAUCUAUAAAAAGAAGAAAGAAUAAAAAUAAGAGAGGACAGGAUCCAUAUGUGUUUUGAUGGCCAUCAUGUGUGAAUGUGAAUUAAAAACCCAGCACUGGAAAUGCAGUGUGUGGAUUUUCAUAAGUCUAUUGUAAUAUGGACAGAUUUAGAGGGGCUGUGUUUCUUGCUUGCAGAGGACAGGCCUCCCUUUGAAGGUGUCCUCUGUCUUAAAGGGCUCCUGCCUGGUCCUAGUCCAGUUUCAAGAUAAGAAGGGAGAGCAGGAAGGACCUUGAAGUUGCACAUCAACAGUUAGCGGCAUCUGGGCCGCAGAUUGUGCAGGCUCAUCUACAUGUAUAAAUUAGCACAUGUACAUUUUAAUGCAAAUCAGUGCCUUCAUGCGUCUUCUCUUGCUUGGGCGGUAGAUUCCUACUGUAUCGUCAUUUCUCUGUCAUGGCUAAUAGUUUGGGGAUAGGUCUGUCUGCCAUGAAUGUGUCUAUCCCCUCUGAGCUACCACAAAGGGCCAACGCCUCUGAUAUGCAAACAGUAGAUUUGCAUUGGUGAAGACCGCAGUAAUUGAGGGCUGUGUACACACUAAUCUUGUUCAUAGCACACAAAAAAUGUAGUUUUUCUCAGUCGGGAAUUAUUCAUGCUCAUCCUCAACAUGGUGGCUUCUAUCAAGAUUGAUUCUAAAUCCUGCCAUCUCCACAACUUUUCCUGUUUACAUAUACCGUAUCCCAGGGGAACGAAGAAGGAAAUGGUCAUUGUGACUGCCCACCCACUCAUUUAUUGCCAUUAUCGCCUAUAUCUGUUUUUAAAUAGGUACAGUGGUACCUCGGGUUAAGAACUUAAUUCAUUCCGGAGGUCCGUUCUUAACCUAAAACUGUCCUUAACCUGAGGUACCACUUUAGCUAAUGGGGCCUCCCACUGCCGCUGCGUGAUUUGUGUUCUCAUCCUGAAGCAAAGUUCUUAACCCAAGGUACUAUUUAUGGGUUAGUGGAGUCUGUAACCUGAAGCGUAUGUAACCCGAGGUACCACUGUACAUAGCAAUCGUUCCAAAAUGGGCUUUAUUUUCAGAACAGGUUUCCAAGAAGCACUUUUUGUGGGGCCAAAGAUAUGCACUAGGUUAUGUGUGGACUUUGUAGGGAAAGCAAGAACUCAUUCUCCAUUGGUUGCCGCAUAAAAUGUCACAUGUGUGCAGCCAUAAUCUCAGGUCUGGAGCCAGAUGUCGUGAAGCUUACUCUGUUGCCUCAAGGUGCAGUCAUUUACAUAUCAAACUUGCCUUACCCCAUAAAUUACUAUCAGUGGCUACUUACCAGUAUGCUUCUGACUACAAGUUGUUGGAAACCAUAGGAGGGAAAAGUGCUGUUGUGUUCAGAUCCUGCUUACAUGCUUCUCAUCGGCAUGUAAUUGGCCACUGGGAAUAGGAUGCUGGACUAGAUUGGCCAUUCACCUGAUCCACCAGACUUUUUUAAUGUUCUUAAACUAACAAAGCCCAGACCAUGAUGUACAAGGAAUAUCACACAGAGACGCGAUCUUCAGAGUAGCUCUUGAUAGCUGAUACCAAGUCUGCUUUUAUCUGAUUUCUUCCCCUUGCCUUGUUUUUAUUUACUUUGCAAUGAGGAAACAGCGAAGUGGGGGAAAUGUGCCUGGCAGUGGCUGGCUGGGUUGCAUGCUUAACUCAUGUGAUAAUCCGUUUCAGGAAUACGAGUGCCUUGAGCAAGAGAAUAUCUCCCUGAAAAAAGAAAUUGGAAAGCUGACCGACGAAAUGAAACACUUGAGCGAAGUCUUGAGGAACCACGAAAAAGUCUGCCCUCUGUUACACUGCUCUUUAAACUUUGGCUUGAUUCCUAGACACGAUGUCCUCAGUGGCCCCUUGCCAAGAUGA